CCAAAUUCACCCAGUUUCCAUUUCAACUCUCAGGGCAUUCUACGCUGACUCUCAGCUUCAGAUCUGCACAUUUACGGAGGGAGAAGAUGAGUAGCUCAGACGAAGAAUCAGACUUAAGUGAGUCAGAGAUCAAUGAUUACAAGGAGAAACCCUAUGAGGAGUUGAGGUCUGGUAAAUUCAAAGUGAAGGGUCCAAAUGGAGGCCUUAGAUGUCCGUUCUGCGCGGGAAAGAAGAAACAAGAUUACAAGUACAAGGACCUUCUUCAGCAUGCUACAGGGGUAGGGAAAGGUUCCGCAAACAGAAGGCUAAUACAGAAAGCCAACCACUUGGCAUUGGCACAGUAUUUGGAGACAGAUCUAGCAGAUGAGGCUGAGCCACAACCAGAACGGGCUAUUCCCCCGGUAAAUGUCGCUUCUGAACAGAACAACCUUUAUUGCUGGCCUUGGAUAGGCAUUGUUGUGAAUGUAUUGGAAAAGGCAACAGGGACAGCAGUACAGGAGGAAGCUUUUUGGUUGAAAAAGUUUUCCAAGUAUGGGGCUCAGGAAGUGAAGAUAUUCUGUGACGAUAAGUCAAACACUUCCCAAGUUGCUAUCAAAUUUAAAAGCGAUUGGACUGGCUAUAAAAAUGUGUUGGAGUUUGAGAAGGCAUUUGUGGCCGAAGGCUGCAGUAAGAGUGAUUGGAAUGCCCAAAGGUUCUCUCCGGGCUCUAGUCCUUAUGGUUGGUUUGCAAGGGAGGAUGAUUACCGUUCAGAAGGGGCAAUUGGGUACUUUCUCCGUGAGACAGUACAAUUGAAAUCCAUCACUGAUCUUGAACAAGAAGAAAAGAUGGACAAGAGCAAAAUUGUGUCCAAUCUAGCUACUGAGAUCGACAUGAAGAAUAAGAACCUGGAUGAGUUACAGACAAAGUUCAAUGAGAAGACACUGUCCCUUAGUCGAAUGCUCGAGGAGAAGGACAUACUUCACCGUGCUUUCUGUGAAGAAUCUAGGAAGAUGCAGCGUCUUGCACGGGAGCAUGUCCAAAGGGUCUUACAUGAACAGGAAAGUCUGAAUUCAGAAUUGGAGAGCAAGAAGAAGCAACUAGAUUCUUGGAACAGAGAGCUGAAUAAGCGUGAGGUUUUGACCGAGCGAGAGAAGCAAAAACUUGAAGAGGAGAAGAAAAAGAAUGAUGCAAGAAACUGUUCGCUUGAAAUGGCUUCCGAGGAGCAGAAAAAAGCUGAUGAAAAUGUCUUAAGGCUAGUCGAAGAGCAUAAGAGGGAGAAGGAUGAGGCCUUGCAAAAGAUAUUAAAGCUUGAAAAGGACAUUGAUGCGAAACAGAAACUUGAAAUGGAAAUUGAAGAUCUGAAUGGAAAACUGGAGGUGAUGAAGCACAUGGGAGGCGAGAACGAUGAUGCCGUUAAGGAAAAAAUAAAGGAGAUGAUUGAGCAGCUCAAUUCGAAAAAGGAAGAAAUGCAAGAUCUUGACGAAAUGAACAGUGCUCUCCUUAAGAGGGAACGCGAGAGCAACGAUGAGUUGCAGGAAGCCCGUAAAGCGCUGAUUCAGGGCUUGAGUGAUAUGCUGAACACUGGGCGUUCCCACAUUGGGAUCAAACGGAUGGGAGAGAUCGAUUCAAGAAUCUUCCAGAACACCUGCAAGCAAAGAUUCUCUAGCGAUGAGGCUGACGUGAAGGCCCUAGAGCUGUGCUCUCUCUGGCAGGAAAAAGUGAAGGACUCCAAUUGGCAUCCUUUCAAGAUGAUCCGGAUCGAUGAAAACAACUAUGAGGAGAGGUUAAACGAGGAAGAUGAAGAACUAUGCAAACUGAAGGAAGAAUGGGGUGACGAAAUCUUUGGCUCGGUUACCAGUGCUUUGGAAGAGGUGAACGAAUACAAUCCCAGCGGAAGAUACGUGGUCCCCGAGCUAUGGAACUUCAAAGAAGGAAGGAAGGCUACAUUGAAGGAAGUUGAAAGCUUCAUCUUCAAGCAGCUGAAGACGCAUAAGCGCAAGAGGCCCUGAAUUUAUCUCUGUUUAAUUUCGUCAAGUCUCUCGGCAUAUGUCGAGAGAGGGAGGCUUCUUCAUUGGGGCGUCUCUCGGCAUAUGUCUAGAGAGUAGAGAGGGAGGCUUCUUCACGGGGGCACGGUUUCAUUAACUCUUUAUUGGUGGUGAGUUGUGCCCUGUGUGCAGAGAGGCUGGAGCAAGGAGAGCAGCUUCAUUUGCAGCUGCUUGCCGUUCAGCACCAGGAUCAGGAUUGGCGGGAGCAAGACAUCCAUUGAAGAAGACUAAAGGGCCAGUAGCAGG